ACAAGGCCCUACAAUAGGACUUGCCUGGGAGAGAGAGAGAGGAAGUGGGAGAACCUAGCUGGCUCUGUGGAUUAGCGCUUUAUGCUACAGAAAGUGGUCCCUUGGGUGCCCCAGUCAGGGGGAAGACUUUGCCUUCUUGCAAGCUGUUCAAAAGACUAGAAUUGAAGCUUCACCGGACAGCGUUUCUUCAACCUGCUCUAGCUUUUAAUAUCCUUAUCUGCUGCUGCCUCUUACGCACAAAAGGGAUAAAGCACCUCCGGAAAGAUGGCUCAGAACCCACAAGUUGGCAUCUCCAUGUCCGAGACCAGUACAAACGGCAUCCCAGGCAAGAAGCAGAUAAAAGCCAGCACAGUCACUUUUCACAACAUCUGGUACAGAGUGAAGACAAAGUCUGGCUUCAUAGGUUGCCGAAAAACAGUUGAGAAAGACAUUUUGAGAGACAUCAACGGCAUAAUGCGACCUGGACUGAACGCAAUCCUGGGGCCAACUGGCUGUGGCAAGUCUUCACUACUGGAUAUUUUAGCCGCAAGGAAAGAUCCCCAUGGCUUGAGUGGAGACGUUCUAAUCAAUGGAGCCCCUCAACCUGCCAAUUUUAAAUGUAUCUCUGGAUAUGUUGUGCAGGAUGAUGUGGUCAUGGGGACCUUGACCGUGAGGGAGAACUUCCAGUUCUCAGCUGCCCUCCGAUUACCGAAGACUGUGAGGGAGCAGGAAAAGGAGGAUAGGAUCAACCAGAUCCUCAAGGAGUUAGGCUUGACGAAAGUGGCGGAUUCAAAGGUUGGAACCCAGUUCAUUCGUGGCAUAUCGGGGGGAGAGAGGAAACGGACCAAUAUCGGCAUGGAGCUGAUUACUGAUCCUGCAAUCUUGUUCUUAGAUGAGCCAACCACUGGACUGGAUGCCAGCACAGCCAAUGCUGUCCUGCUGCUCCUGAAAAGGAUGGCCAGGCAAGGGAAAACAAUCAUCUUUUCCAUCCACCAACCUCGCUACUCCAUAUUCCGACUGUUUGAUAAAUUGACCUUGCUGGCAGCAGGAAGGAUGCUUUAUCAUGGACCAGCUCAGAACGCCAUAGAAUUUUUCAAAUCCAGUGGUUAUGAGUGUGAACCGUACAACAACCCUGCUGACUUCUUUCUGGAUGUCAUUAAUGGAGACUCAACGGCUGUGGCUUCAAACAAGACUGGUGAAAUUGAAAUAGAUAACAUUGACGAACACAUCAGUCGUGAUCAGACACUGGCAGAGAAAUUGGCAGAAAAGUAUUCCAGUUCCACUUACUACCAAGAAACCAAAGCAGAAUUAGAGAGGCUGUCUUUGGGGAGCCAGAGGGAGACCUCUUUCCGAGAAAUCACCUACUCCACUCCCUUCUUUCACCAGCUCAAGUGGGUCUCUAAACGCACGUUCAAAAAUCUGCUAGGCAACCCUCAAGCCUCCAUAGCACAGCUCUGUGUAACCGUUUUCCUGGCAGCAGUCGUAGGUGCCAUAUUCUUUGGGGUAACGAACGAUACUACUGGCUUGCAGAACAGAAUUGGUGCUAUGUUCUUUAUGACCACCAACCAGUGUUUCAGCAGCAUUUCCGCUAUUGAACUUUUCGUUGUGGAGAAGAAGAUAUUUAUACACGAGUACAUCAGCGGAUACUACAGAAUUUCUGCAUAUUUCUUCUCAAAGCUAAUGGCUGAUUUAAUACCCAUGAGGACUUUACCAAGCAUUAUCUUCACCAGCAUUGUGUAUUUCAUGUUAGGUCUAAAGCCAACAGCAGAGGCCUUCUUUAUCAUGAUGUUUACUCUGAUGAUGGUAUCUUACACAGCGACUUCUAUGGCGCUAGCAAUUGCCGCAGGACAGAGUGUCGUGGCUGUAGCAAAUCUACUCAUGACCAUCGCCUUUGUUUUUAUGAUUAUUUUCUCUGGGUUGUUGGUAAAUCUCACCAGUAUACUGCCUUGGCUUGCCUGGCUCCAAUACUUCAGUAUACCUCGAUAUGGGAUGACAGCACUGCAGGUUAAUGAACUUGCUGAUCUCAAUUUCUGCAACGUAAGCAUGAAUGAAAAUUGGAGCAACUCUAACUGUACAGAUCUCAGCAAAUUACAGAUGUGCACUGGAGAACAGUAUCUCAAAAGCCAAGGGAUCGAACCAACUGCAUGGGGCCUGUGGCAGAACCAUGUUGCACUUGCUUGCAUGACCGUAACUUUCCUUACGAUUUCAUACAUGAAGCUGCGUUUCAUGAAAAAGUUCUCUUAAAAAGCAACAGCUUGGAAAACAGAUCUAUGAUCCAGGCUGCCCUGGGGGUGUCAUAAGUAGCAGAGCUAAAGGCAUGACUAUUCUCUUCUGCUGGCAGUCUUAUUUCUUUCUUAGAACACAUAAUGGAGAAAAACAUUGCCAAACGUCUGCAUUUGUAGUGCACCAAAAUAUUCUCUUUCAAUAUUGCUAUACUUAUUUAGUGGCACUUCCAACUGCAAGCAGGCAAAUGCCUGAACAGUUAUUUUCAACUAGCCUGAUCCAAUCAAGACUGGCUUGUAAGCUCUGUAAAUUUCAGUGGGAGAGAGUUCAUCAUGUGUUUAAUUCUCCAACAGAAACCAAUAGGAUAUAAAGUGUUUAAGUUUGGAAGGAAGAAUAUUUAUUAGAACAGUUUUUGAGAGGUUUGCCCUCACAUUUUGAAGUGUGUAAAGGCAAACAGAUUCAACUUAGGAAGAAACUUGGGUUUUUAAAAUGAAGCCCUUUUCGUUCACAGGGCUUUGGAAUACAACUUCUGCUACUGCUUUGAUAGCACUUUUGGUGUGUUUGGAGCAUGUUACUCAGAUUAGCAUUAUACCCAUAAAACUUCCCUUAUGUUCGGUGCAUGAAUGGAAGGAGGAAAGAACAGGAUUGAAGUCUCACUCCCCCCACCCCCUUUCUGGCCCUGUUCCCCUGAUGUCCAUGCAGUUGGCAUGGUGUUUGGAAAGGAGAGGCUGUCAUGCAUACUGUUGCACACAAAUACACACAGAGACCUUCCUUUUCAGACACUGCACAAAACAUUGACUUCGGGGUGGAGGACUUCAUGCAUUUAUUGAACGUGAGCUAGAGUGUCAUGUGAAAACCCGUUAAGCCAGUGUAUCAGAUACGCAAAGCAGCAUACACUAGGAUCUCAACAAGGUUUGCUUCAUUUUUUAAAAAAGAAAAGCAGCUUUGGGAGAUGGGGUGAAUGUGUGUAGAGAUUAAGUGGGGCAGGGAGCUGGGACAAAGGAUGCUCCUUAUUUUCAUCACUGCAGGUUACGCCCCCCCCCCCAAUGGCUUCCCAUCCACAGUGUUUGGAAUCAGUUUGCCCACUUUCAUUUAAAUCAGAAUUCAAGCUAUUAUUUCAUUGCAUGUAGUUUGUGAAAUAUCUUCUUUCUCUCCCCCCCUGCCCCAAAUAGGAGCUAGUCAAGAAAUUAGCAUAUCUCAAAUUUAAUUUAGAAAUGCUUUUAUUUAGGGCAUCCUAUGAAUGGGAAAGUUUUGCAUAUGAAUUGUAACUAAAUAGUUGAAAAAGAACUGCUUAUUAUACACUUUAUGAAAAGGAUCGUGUUCCUUGAAGUGCAAUCGGUUACAGAUACCCAGUAUUAUGGUUAACGAUUUUUUAAAAAAUGUUAAAUAUUUCCUUUCUGUUAUGUAGCCUCUUUGUCCCAUUCUGAGUUUAGGUUAGGGGGCAGAACCUCAUGAGCAGGAGUUGGACUCUGAAUGGCUCACAGCUUUAUCACUUCAACUCACCCUCAAUCUACUUUCAUCUCUGCUGUGUGCUGAUGAGUGUGGGCCUUAAGGAACAAGGGCAGACUGUCAUCUUACACUUGUACAGCAUUUUGUUUCUGUAGGUACCCUGAAAAUAAACAAACAAAUAAUAUCA